CAAAAUGAAAGCUGUAGGAAAAAAGAGUCAUAGAUUUCCAUUCAUAAUGUUACUAUUUAUUAACGAGUUAUUACCGUAUUAAUAAUUUCUACUGAUGGAAUAUAAUUCUAAUAAUUAUUUUAAAUAUUCCACUUAAAAUAAUUCGAUGUGUGUACAUGCGUACUGCAAACUACGUUUGCAUAUGAAGAAGAUAUUAUUGGUGUAAAUAUGGCGACGAAGGGAGAUGAUAAAGUUGUGUGUAGUAUGAACGUAAACAAUGAGCCAGAAAGAAACUUCAUAAAUGUCUACAAGGUGAAAAACUCAAUAUUCGUGCCUAUAUUUCAUUAGUUCCUUUUUUGUCGCAUGUAUAUUGUGAAAAAGUGUUUAGUUUGGUUUUCGCAUGGCCGCCAUGUUCUUAUAGUGCUGAGAAAAUAGAAGAUUUCGUCUACUCUUUUAAACAUCAUCGGAUUUCACUGGAUUCCUUCAGGAGGGCUAGAAACUUCAGCAAUAUUUCAUAUUCAAGUGAUUCAAAUGGAUAAAUGUCAAUAUGAUAAGGCUGGCAGCUCUAUUCUGAUUUAUCCUGACUACUUGUUUGUUUAAAUAAUUUCAUCAAGAUGAAUAAUGUAGGCGCUGGAAAAUCCAUUUUUACGCCUUUUAAAGCACAAAUUUGAAUGUAUCUUGAACAAUAAAAAUGAAUCCUUCACAAAAAAGGCAGAAAGUGUGGUUGAAGUAUGGCAAAAUCUAUCCCUUUGUAAAUUUGAAGCUUCUGAGGUCCAGUAUAUAGUACAGGUAAUAGACUGGGCCAAGCUCCACACUCUCAAUAUCGUUUUAACAGGGGAAUGGAAGAAAUUCAAAGAUCAGUAUGAAGAACCUCUUCUGAAGUCAUUGAAAGCUACUCAAAACCAACUGACUAAAAUCAACAAUGCAUUUUUUAUGAGGUGUCAGAAACUUGUUGAUGUUAUCAAUAACCCAUGGAGUGAUCCCACUCUUGAAUACCUGGUCAGGACUUCUAAUGCAGAAAUCGGACCUAAAGAAAUUGAAUUUUUCUGUGUGGAAACUGCAUAUUUGACUUCUGUGCGUUUGAAGAAACUCUGUGAAUCUCAGUGUGAGGAUUUGGCUCUGAAUUUGGUCAAGGCUUUCAUGAAGUGUUACCGGCUCUCUCAAUCUGAAAGUUUCAACCUGAAUGCAACAGAGGUUCAGGUCUGGUUCAUUUUUGACAUUUAUGUGGCCCUAUUAUACAAAUUCAAAGAAAAUGAUUCGCUUUUGGAUAUGCUCAAAGGUUUGAGUGCAGAAGAAGGACUGAAUCUUGUGAAACGCUUCUCUAAAAAAAGGGUGCAAAUCUCCAAAGUCUGGAAGCAUUGUCAUCGCAUAGCCAUUCUUGCCUCUCAAGUUUAUAUAUCAAGCACCAUAUUGAAACCUUUAGAUGAAGUAAGGGGUAUUCUGAAGGAAUUACUGACGGCUUAUGUGAACUUAAAUAACACUGAUUCAUUUCUGCAAGACGUCAUUCACUCUGUGAGAAGUAUAAUAAGGUUAGCGGAGACAGCGGCACAUAUUUAUGUGUUCUGUGAAGUUUUCCAAGAACAGUUUGAAUCAAAAAUGAAAGCCUUCAUAAUAGAACUUUAUAUUAGAGCAUUAACUACGGACAUGAAUCAUUUGGAAAGGCAGAAAACAGAUAACGACAAAGAGAAAAUAGCCGAAACGACAAAGCAGCUAGCUAAUGGAUUCACAAACUUAGCCGAAGUACUGAAAAGCGAUAUAAACGUCAGUAGAGAGUGCAUAAUGACGGCUUUCAGUCUGCAACCUACCCCAGAAAGAAUGAAAAAAAUUGAGGAAUUGGCGAAACUUUCAGGAUUCGAAGUUUUAGAUACAGGCCAAGCGUGGAAAUGUAAAUUACAUCCCCCAGCUCUUCCUACUGACGAUGUAACCUGGGUUUGUAAUGAAUGCGGCGAGUUCAUGUGUAAACCUCAGUUGAAUGUGCCAUUGAAUACUAACAUAGCGCUGAAUGAAGCCUUAACUGAAGAAAAGCUAGGAAUAACUCGUGAAUUAUGUGAUGACUUGGUGGUUCUUUUAUCAAGUCCUAGAUAUCAAGUUUUCAGUUGGCUGUUGAACUGGCCAGACUUACACCGAUUGUGUUUGAUGUAUUUGCAUGAUCCAGAAAGCACAAAGAAUGUGGUGACGGAAUUGAAAUUUUUAGACAUUGAUUAUUCCAUUUUUGCUACCAUCAAGAAGGAACCGUUGGACGAGUAUGCAGGUAUAGAACGAGGAUACGAGCAGUAUUUAGAUAAUGAAUUCGAUGACGAUCGAAUGAGUAAUGCUAGCGAGGACACUGGUUCCCAAGAUUCCAGGUUUUACAGUAUGAGUAGCGACAGUGCCAGCGAAUUACAUCUACCUUUCGGUCCAAAAAAAUCAGAUCCGAACACAUUGAAAAGUCUGAGGAUGUUCAGGCCCAACUUGAAGCGUUCUAGACCCAACACGGAAACUCAUGUACCUGAAAAAAUCACGCGUAACGAAUCCUUGGAUUCGGCCAUACCUAGUUCCUCCAAAUUGACAUUUUCUUCAGCUUCAUCGAUGUCGCCUUAUCAUUUUCCUGUUAACAGUAUUCUAGGCAUAAAUUCGUUCAGACAAGAAUCGACUUCAUCAUCUUCGUCAUCUCCUAUUGGCAGUAUUAUGGAUGCGAAUCCAGUGAGGAAAGAUUUGUCAUCCUGGCCUUUCUCAAAUAAUGGUAAUGCUUUCGACAAACCUUUCAUUCCGAUUAAGCUGCAUCCUCCUCAAUCGAAUACAAACCCUGAGCCUGUGGGUUCCAGUAAGCAGAAAGAGCCAGUCAGUAUUCCUGUCGAAUCGUUAAAUCCAACUCGGAAUCCGAUACCUUUGACCUUGAAUUCUCUGUUACAACAGGGCACAAAUUCAGAACCAGCAAUUGCGACAAAACAAAAAGAGCUCAUCGUUCCAGUUAAAUCAAUGCACUCCAGUCAAAAUCUUGAACCAAUCAAACUGCAUUCACCGCAACAAUCUCCCGUACAUGGGAAUCAGAGGGGACACUCAAAUAAUCUAUCAAAUUUAAUCAGCGCCAAUCAAUACCUCGGACCUCACCUGAAAACUUACACCAAUCACUCGAAUAAACUCGCCUCGUCUCUGAACAAACCUAACGCUAGUAGGACAUCAACGAUAACCAAUGAAUUAUGCUCGGCAACUCAGACGAUGUUCAGCAAUUUCAACGAUUCCUCCGUUAACGAUACGAAUUCAAAAAACGGACAAGUUGCCACAUUGCAGGAAGUUGGGGGGCAAGUGGCAAUAGACAACUGUCCCAGCAACGAGCUGACCACAAAGGUGACCAUUGGCAACCCCAACAACAACUGUUCAGAAACACUGCUGAACCAACAAACAGCCUGCAGUUCUUCAAACCAUUCCUGUCCGAUAUCCAGCAAGCCUGUGGUGGAGUCUCCCAGCCUAGAAUCUGCACUCAUCGAGGAAGAUGCGACUGCCAAUUUACAAAUUUCAAAUAUGGACAGAAUGGAACCGGAGGAACAAAACACACCCCCUAACAUAGACAAAAUUACUGAUGAAAUCGCGGUUAGGGAUGCUCUGGAAGAAACGCUGCAGGCGAAAGAUUUGAAAAUUGAAGAAGAAAAGGUUUUAGAAAAUCCCGAGUUAAAUUUUCAAGAUGUUCCUGAUGAUAAAUGCAGUAAAGAGCCUCCAUUGUAUGAAGUUCCUAAUUUGUUCCAAGAUUUGGAAUUGGACGAACCAAAAGUCGAAACCCCUAGUCAGUAUGUGCAAGUGCAAAUAAUAGAAGUUGAAGAAACUAAACGGGAUACUUCUAAUGUUAAAAGUUAUGGUAAAAAGUCGAAAAUGCGAGAGAAACCGAAAAAUAUUAUUGAGGAGCUUAAAUUGAAUUUUUUAUUGGACAAAGACGAUGGGUCUAUCAUAUCUAUAGAUGAUACGAAUGACAGUUAUGCUGAUACCCUGAUUAAUUCCGACUCCGAGUAUGAUUGCUUCUCUUCGACAAACCCAAUUCUCCAUAAUGUUUUAAAUAAAAUAGAUUCCUAUGAGAGAAUGAAACGUUCCAUGAACAAAGAGAAUAGGUUCAUCCAAAAAGAUGCAAAUAGUGAAUAUGAUCCAGAUACCUCCCACCGAGAUUAUAAAAAUAACAAGUUGUGUUCGAGGGAACUCAAAUUCAAGGAGGCGGAGUUUAAGAAAAAUAGGUGUUAUUUGAAGAAGGAACCAAAAUAUGAAUCUUGUCCAGAUACAGGAUCUGAUAGUCAAGUUGAACUAGAUUCAGACGAUCAGUAUAAUAGGUGUUAUAUAGAAUUAUCUAGAAAUAAUUUACUGUACGAUACAAUUAAGGGAGUUUUUAAAAAUAUCGAUUAUUAUCUCAAGAAAUGUAAUAAUAAUAAUAAUUUAAAUGACUUGCCUCCGAAACGAGGAAAAAAAUCUAAAAGAGGAUGUUCUUCAAAGAAGAAUAGGAAAUUAAAGACUGGUAACACUUUAGACAAGACUGGUUUAGAUUUAGAUAGCAAAAUUAAACCAAAGAAAGAUAUCGCAAUAAGAGAUAUUAGAGUUAUACUCAACCGAUUGCCUGAUGAAUUAUGUAAGCGCUAUUCGAAAACCGACGAUGCUGAAGAGGAAGACGAUAAAAUUGAAACAAAUCAAACCGAAAGUGAAGAAAAUCCCAAAACGGAGCUGGUUGAAGUUUCUUCACAGGUGGAGAAGGAUGUUCAGAUGAAGAGUCCGAAAGUUCUUCUCGAACGUUUAUCUGUCAUAAAUAAUAAUUAUGUCAGAUCUGUGUUGGCAAAUGUGCCAGGUUUACACGAUACAGAGUUAAUGAGACCUGCCAACACAAACAUGGUGGUCAACGUGGUUCAGAUAGCUGGCGGACGACCCAACUCGUCAGUUCCAGUUGUAAACGCUCAGACAAGUACGCAAAUCACUCCCCAUAUACAGAGGAUAGGCCAACCUAGGGUAGAAAAACCGCAGACGGAGCAAAUUGAUAACUCCGAAACCAUGGUUACUUCCACGGUGACAUCUGUCAGCAGUUCGGUUAAACCAUCCACCUCACAGCCCUCUACGUUGAUCAACAUCUUAUCUCAGCAAGUAAUUAGGCCGGGUCAGAGCAGUAACUGCGUGAAAACGAGGCCCACACCUUUGAUCAACAUAGUGUCCCACCAAAUUAUCAGGCCUUCCAACCAGGCUGUUUCGAAAAUGAUUACCAGUUCUGCCCAAACCAAUGACCAGGUGACCAACACAUCAAUAUCAGAGGCAUCUUCUGAGCAGUCGAAUGUGGUCAAUGCAACGACAACGUUAAAAAAUGCACAGACCACCGUUAAGAGCGCAACAGUACCAACUUCAACCCCAGGAGCCAUUCUUCAGUUCAUAUGUAAAUCGGCCACUCUGCCAAAGUUCCAGCAAGCUUUCGGCAAACCAGUUUACCAACCUAACAGCUCUGAAUCGUCGGAAGCUUCGAGUACAGGAGACAAUUCCAACGCUGUAGAUACACAUAAGAAAACGACGGCUGCCAAAAAUCCCACCGUCAAUAUACAGCCCAUUCAAGGAAGCGUCAUUUACACCCGUCAGGUACCGGUGGGUCAGACCAUCAAUUUAAUCCCACCCGGACGUCAAGUUUUCAGGAUUGCCACAUCGAAUCCUGAUCAGAUAUCGUUGGUUAAGGACACGGUUAUUCACAGUAAAAUGAGUGCCCUUCUAACCGCCGCCUUACAGAGUAAAAAAUCUACCGAUGUCCAAGGGGAGAGCGAGGGUAACAAUGAGAACGCUGACAGGGUGACGGUAACUAGACCGGCCCUUGUGCAGAACGCACGGAUAGUGAAGCCCGUCAUACAGAUCCCAACGAAUGUGAUCCGCACAAGUACGAACACUCAGGCAAACCUCAGCUCGACCACCUUAGAACAGCUUAGAGAAUUCGACAUGGUCUAUAAGCAGAUCAAGGAGAGGAGCAACACGGGAACGGCGCCGGCGGAGUCCCCUAUACAGAGUGAACCGGAAAAUUCGUCGCAAGGUAUCAGCGUUACAUAUCUUAAUCAGGGUCAGAAGUUCACGCAGCUGUCGCCAGUGGUCGUUGUUAGUAGUUAUUGUAAUCUUCAACCGGCUGCUUCUCCUGCAUUGAGUGUGACCAGUCAAGGAAGUUCCAGCCCUUGUGUUACCCCGGCUUCCACACCAACGUUACCAAAAGUGUCUUCAAAAAGUUCUUCGAAGGGUAAAAGUCUGAAAAACACGCCAACAACUCACGCGUCGAAAGCAUCGCCGAUACCGAAACCGCAACAGAAACCCCAAGAGGACGAGCACACCACCCAGCGCAUAUUCGACAUCCUGGCCGAGUACGCCGAGCAGCUGCGCAACUCGCCCGACCUGAACAACAAGCCUGCGCCGAGGAGGCGUUCCAACCCGCCCACGAACCCUAACCACAACUCCAAGAGAAAAAAGAGCUCGAGCUCAAAGAAACCCAGCACUUCCGGAAGCGCCAUCUCCGAAUCCGACCUGGAGGACCAGCGGACGAUUGGCAGCGAGGACAGCUCGUGCGGCGUGGUCCAGUUGUCGGUCAAGGACGACGACACGCCGCAGAACCAGACGACCGAGUCGAACGACAGCAGUUCCGGGGCGAGACCGUUGCUUCCCAGCGAUACCAACGCUAAUCCACCCACGAGGAAUCUGAUCAUAGCCGAUUCCAGCGUCGGGGAAGCGCUGAAGCUUCAAAACACGGCCGUUCUGGUGCCUGGGAAUUACAUAAUGCCCGUGUCAAUGGUGAAGGGCGGCCAACAGAUAGCGGUGGUAUCUGGAGGGAGUAAAAUCCUGGCUACCGUCCCUGCCAGGUCUGGUCCCAACAUGUUGCUCUUUCAGAGUUUCCUGAAUCAAAAUCGAAAACCGGGCGUGCCAACUGUUAAAUACUCGACGCUACAGCCCAUAUCAGGCAUAUCUUCCCAAAACCUAGCUGGAGUAAGCGGUCAAUCCCAGGUGAUCCUCCCCCAAAACACGCAUAAUUUAACGGCCGUCACCCUCGGCCAACCCUUGACUCUGAAGAAGAUGGACGAUUCGGAGAACAGGGUGAACACUGAAUUGCUACUGGCGAUCGCGCAGCCGCGUAACGACGGCGUUAAUGCCACUGAGACGAGUCAGCAGAGCGACGGCAGCAUCAAUGUACAAACUCCAAACAGUAUUAAGUUCGACGAUAACGGCGUUCAGUCGAAUAGUAAGGUGUACACCUAUCAGAAGUCAACAAUCGCAACACCAAUAGCUACCCCGGUCAUUUCCCAGACUUCCCAUGCAAGAAACGAUUCGGAAGGUGGUCAUACCAAUUCGCAACCUAGUAUUAUAACCCUUAAUAUAUCUCCAGAUAAGAAUAAAGAUGAUGCUUCCAAGACAGUCAAACGGGUGCAGUCUGUAUUAGUAACGACAUGCAGUUCGAAUGGUCCUAUGUUGUCCCAGACACCCCCGAGGUACAGGAAACCUUCAGAAGUCACCCCAGUGAACAGUGAAAUGAAUUUGAAAGGGGGAUUUAUGCACAAUGGGGAAAAGCAGAAGGAAGAAGCAAAAACCUUCCAAGCAGCGCCCGUUUAUUUUCCCAACAAAAUAAAAAAAAUUUCAACGAAUAUAAGGGGUGAGAAGGAACUUCAUCAGUUGAGUCUUCAGCGUAAGCAAGCCGCUAUAGAUCGAGAGCUCCGUUUGCAGAAAUCUCUGUCUGAAGAAUGUGAAGAUUUGGGCGUGGACGAACCCAGUACCAGUGACCUCUUCCCCGAGGCUGAUCUCUUGUUCGACUCCAAUCAUUCACCUUCGUUCGACCAGACCGCUCAAGAUCUCGGCAAAAAGGUCCUUCAUCAAGACAUGAAGGAUAAAACGAUAACCUUAUUCAGUGACGACGACAAUUCAAGUUCCCUGAGAACUGAUUUUUUAUUCGAUUCUGUGCAAUAUCAAACCGAAUGCGAGCUGCAGUAUGAACAAUCUAGACAAAUAACGAACGGCCAGAGCAGCACAAGUAACGAGUCAGGAUCAUCUUGCGAAGAUACCACCCUUCUACAGAACUGCGCCUCCAUGUCCGAUGUCACAUUGAACUCCCCUAUAUCACCGGAAUUCAACGACAACCCAACGCACACGAACAAAUACAAAUUCAAAUAUAGCAAUAGGAAGAAAACGGAGCGACACAAACAGGUGGAGACUUGGACGGCUGGGGAGGAGGUGUCCAGUUCCGAGGAUACGAUGUGUAGUGAAUUGGGAAAAAUUUCGCACGGCCCCAAAUCGUUUGUGAUCAAAAGUUCCAGUUGUGACGAAGAUGAAGAGUUCAAGUUUGUGCGCGUUUCCAUAUCAAAAACUGAUUUAGCUAGAGAAGAAGAAAGUUGCGAAGAGUUACAUUACGAGGAUGACCUGGAUUCCCCUAGCGGUAGGGGUGCAAGACGUAGCGUGAAAAAAAUGUGCUCGUGUUGCAAUGGGUCGCAGGAAGGUAACAGAAAACGACCUUCCUCCCAGUCGCAUACUCCAGCUCUGCACAAAAAGGCCUUCCUUAACAAGAAAAGAUAGUGCACACGUGUAUAGCAAGAUAUUUAGUUUCAAGUUGUUAGUUGUUUUGUUAAAUAGUCUUGGCUAUCGAGUGGUUGCACUAUAGUACAAAUUCAGGUUGGUAAAAGGAGAAUUGGACAAUUGGAAGUACUUGUAUAGCAAUUGCUACAUUUCUAAUCUUUUAGUACCUCUUACUGUAAAUUUUCUCGUAAAUGUAAAAUAUUCAAAUUGUUCUCGGUCAGCUCUGUUGUUCCCCAACUUUUGGCAAUUCGGAUUUUGAUCCGAUGCAAGUCUUGUUUUUCAAUGUUUAUCUAUUGUUGCAUAUAUUUGAUUUAUGCCGGUAAUUGAAUUGCUUUCAUUGAAAUCAUAUUCGUGUCGGUUAAAACAAUAUCUAGUUCAUCAUCUUUCGAAUUGCUCUAUUAUGAAUACCUUCAGUAUUAUUCAUUGAAAAUAUUUUCAGUAUUUCUUUCUCAAUUUCUCAUAGCUGUAGUAAAUUUAUGGGAACUAAGGGGGAAAGAUUUUUAAUGUUGCAAUAUGUGAAAUUUCACUAAACAGAUUAAUCGAUUUCAGUACUUAAGUUCACAACACUUGAAGUAAGGCUUAUAGGGCCAACCCAGUACCAAAAUUGUCAUAAAAUUAUAUUACAAUUUUCAUAUCAUUACUUUGGGUUGCUACGAUUUUCAUGGUCCCCCAAGUGUUGUUCAGAGCAAUUCUUUCAUUUUAUCGAUUAUGAGUUCUUUCGAUAUCCUCCUCAUUAAUUAGUAGCCAGAAUUUUCAAGGAAAUUAGGAUCAGUGAAAUGAUUGUUGCAACAAUUAUGCCUACCGUACUAGUUAACAACAUACGUAAUAGAUGCAAGAGUCGAGACUUGAGGAAAAUUCAUAGAACAAAGUCGGCAUAAUAAAUUAGUAUAAUAAUAAAAGGAGUAACUAAUGAGCACAAGUAUGUUUUAUAAUUUCAAUUACUCAACAUUCCAAAUAUCCCUGAUUUGUACUAAAACUUUAUUGAUUCAUUGUUUGUUAUUCAAGAAGUAUUCGUUUUAUAAUUUUUCUUGUUGGUUUCUAUGAAGAGAGAUUUUUGUUUCUGGAAUGAAAAUGCUUUCAUGUGGAUUCUUAGUGUUUUUCAUUAUUCAUCCCUUUUUGUUCAUUCUUCCGAAAGAUUCAAAAGUGAUUUCAAGAGUUUAUUCAGUAAGGCUGGAACAUAUUUCAACCUUUCCAAUUAUUACUAAUUUUUCUCAAUAUCGAAGUUUUCUUAUGUUGUAUCAAAAUUAAGAACUAGUAUUUCAAUUCCCGAAUAAUUCAAAGAACUAAAUUAUGAUUUCAUUGAUGGCAAUUAAGUUAGGAAUAUUGUACACAAGUCCAGUAAAAAGGAUGAGUAGAAAUAAAACAAUAUAUAAUUCAACAACAGAACGAAUGCUCGAAAAACAUUCUGGUAAAGUGACCAUUUCAAAAUUUCUUUUAGGGCCUGAACUGAGAGUUUUUUACAUGCUUUAGAAUCAGCUGGACAUGAUUGUUUAAAAAAUUAUAAAUAAGAAUAUCGCCUUGAGUGUUAUAUUCAAAAAAUUAAAUUAUUGACUGUUAUAUUUUUGAAAUCAUCUAAUUCAAAUUACUCCUUUGUGUUGAUAAAAUAAGUGAUCCAUAAAACCAAAUAUGAAGUUUAUAAUUUGAUAUGGAUUGAAAACGAUAUUUAUUUAUUUUCAGUGGAAAUUAUCAAUUUUAAAGUGAGGGAGGAACAUAGCUACGACUCUAUGUGCAGUUUUGUCAAUGUAAAUAAGUAAUUUAAAUAGGUUUUAAUUAAAGUACUGUAAGUAUGAAUUGCCAAACCUGUCUUUCAGGGCCCCUUCAUUUAAAAUUGGAUGAAAUUGCAAUAAUAUUUUCGAGCAUUACUUUGUGUCCCCUGAUUAUUCUCUUGAAUUUUGUUAAUAUGUGUGCAUUCUUUAUUUUAUGUUACUCAAUGUUAUUUUUAGUUUUGUUACUCCAAAAGAAUUUGUGAACAUUCCUAGGUCUAUUUGUUAAUGACAAAUGUAUUAAAUUAAACUAUAUUUAUAAUAAAGAAUUUAACUUAUAGAAUAUUGUUGAAUUCUGAACAUUC